AUGAUGCCGUUUCUGGUGACAACCCCUGGAUCACAACAGACUCCGCCGCCACCCAAGCACUAUGGCAUCUCCUCACCCAUCAGUUUAGCAGCCCCCAAGGAGACUGACUGCGUACUUACCCAGAAUCUGAUUGAAACCCUGAAGCCCUUUGGGGUUUUUGAAGAGGAAGAGGAACUGCAGCGCAGGAUUUUAAUUUUGGAAAAAUUAAAUAAUCUGGUAAAGGAAUGGAUACGGGAAAUCAGUGAAAGCAAGAGCCUUCCACAAGCUAUAAUUGAAAACGUUGGAGGGAAAAUCUUUACUUUUGGCUCUUACAGGUUAGGAGUACACACGAAAGGUGCUGAUAUUGACGCGCUGUGUGUUGCACCAAGACAUAUCGACCGAAGCGACUUUUUCACCUCAUUCUAUGAUAAAUUGAAACUACACGAAGAAGUAAAAGAUUUAAGGGCAGUUGAGGAGGCAUUUGUACCAGUUAUUAAACUGUGUUUUGAUGGGAUAGAGAUUGAUAUUUUGUUUGCAAGAUUGGCACUGCAGACUAUUCCAGAAGAUUUGGACCUAAGAGAUGACAGUCUGCUUAAAAAUUUAGAUAUUAGAUGCAUAAGAAGUCUUAAUGGUUGCCGGGUGACAGAUGAAAUUUUACAUCUAGUACCAGACAUUGACAAUUUCAGGUUAACUCUGAGAGCUAUCAAAUUGUGGGCCAAAUGCCAUAAUAUUUAUUCCAAUAUAUUAGGUUUCCUAGGAGGUGUUUCCUGGGCCAUGCUAGUAGCAAGAACUUGCCAGCUCUAUCCAAAUGCAAUAGCAUCGACUCUUGUGCGCAAGUUUUUCUUGGUAUUUUCUGAGUGGGAGUGGCCAAACCCAGUGCUAUUGAAAGAGCCAGAAGAACGGAAUCUUAAUUUGCCUGUAUGGGACCCAAGAGUAAAUCCCAGUGAUAGGUACCAUCUUAUGCCCAUAAUCACACCAGCAUACCCACAGCAGAACUCCACAUACAAUGUAUCUGUUUCAACAAGGAUGGUCAUGAUUGAGGAGUUUAAACAAGGGCUUGCUAUCACACAUGAAAUUUUGCUGAGUAAGGCAGAGUGGUCCAAGCUUUUUGAAGCUCCAAACUUCUUUCAAAAGUACAAGCAUUAUAUUGUACUUCUAGCAAGUGCACCAACAGAAAAGCAACAUUUAGAAUGGGUGGGCUUGGUGGAGUCAAAAAUCCGAAUUUUGGUUGGGAGCUUGGAGAAGAAUGAAUUUAUUACUCUGGCGCAUGUGAAUCCUCAGUCAUUUCCGGCUCCUAAAGAAAAUCCUGACAAGGAGGAGUUUCGCACAAUGUGGGUGAUUGGGUUAGUGUUAAAGAAGCCAGAAAACUCUGACGUUCUCAGUAUUGAUCUUACCUAUGAUAUCCAGUCUUUCACAGAUACAGUUUAUAGGCAAGCAAUAAAUAGUAAGAUGUUUGAGAUAGAUAUGAAAAUUGCUGCAAUGCAUUUAAGAAGAAAGGAACUUCAUCAACUACUACCUAAUCAUGUGCUUCAGAAAAAGAAAACAUAUUCAACGGAGGGUGUCACUUUGACAGCUCUGAAUGAAACGGAACGUGUCACUUUGACAGCUCUGAACGACAGGAGCCUUGAGUUGGCUGUAGACAGCGAAGACAGCAUGUCUGUGCCUUCACCUACUAGCACUAUGAAGACCGGCCCAAUGACUGGCAGCUGUCAGGGCAGAAACAGCCCUGCUCCCGCUGUCAUGGUGGCAUCUGUGACCAAUGCGCAACUUACUGAAGUUUCCUUGCAACAAGUGAAACCCAGCGAAAGCUUGGGUGCAUUGGGGGAAAGCGUUCCUCAGACCGCCUCAAAGCCAGCCCUUUCUCCACCACCAAAGCCCCCAGUCGCCAGAGUUGUCUCUUCAACAUGUCUGGUAAACAUCCACCCAGGCCUUCAGGGAGCACUGCAGCAAACAUAGCAAAUCCUAUAGUAGGAGUCUAGUGGACAUCCUCACUUGUAAAGGGCCAAGGAGACUAAACGAAGAGGAACAAUCUCAUGAAGAGACAGAACAACUCCACUAGAAACCAUUCAGAUAGUGGCUGGCCAUGUGGGAAACAUCCACUACAGAACUCUCCAGUAUCCCUACUCUCCCUGCAAAUCCUGCUCCUGUUACCAAGAAUUCAGUAAGACAGAUUGAACUGACAAAAAUAACCUCAAAGGUCCAUAAACAGUGUCUGCCAACUCAACCUGUUGUCUUCAAAUGCUACAGGGGGAGAGUGAAGGGUGCCAAACUAGAUUUGACUCAAAAUAGAUUUAGCCUUAUUUGGUAACUUCCUUUACUUGGCUAAUCUUGAUCAGAAGUCAAGGUUAGUAGAUGAAGCUAGAAGUACUCUUGUUAAUGUGUCAGCAGCAGUUGUAGUAACUAUUUUAAAGGACUACUGCCCAUAAAGAGAGAAAAAGAGGAAAACACCACCUUCCAGCUAUAUUUGUACCCAUGCCUGACAUCUGGACUGGAUUUAUGUUUGAUGCAUUGUUGGGGAAAAUUUGCAAUACAAACCGGUAUCAGCUUUCCUUAUACUGAUGAUGCACUUCAUGUAUAUUUUUAUUAGAAAGUAGAACUAA